CCGCUGUGGCCGCUCCCUCCCCGCCCGGUACGGUGGGUCCCGGGGCUAUGUCGCCGCCCGAGGAGGUUCGGGAGCGGCUGUCGCGGUGCGGGCAGAGCCAUCUGCUGCGGUUCUGGCCCGAGCUGAGCCCGGCGCAGCGCGGGGCGCUGCUGGCCGCCCUGCCGCCGGCGCUGGGCGAGCACUGCCGGGCGGCGGCUGCGGCGGCCCGGGCCGCGGCCCCGGAGCGCCGGGACGGGCGGCUGGAGCCGCUCCCCGAGGGGGUCCUGGGCAGCGCCCGCCACUGCGGACCCGCCGCGCUGCAGCGCUGGGAGGCGGCAGGCUUGCAUCAGAUCUCACAGAACAAGGUGGCAGUGCUGCUCCUGGCUGGAGGACAAGGAACCCGCCUGGGCGUGAGCUAUCCCAAGGGCAUGUAUGAUGUGGGGCUGCCCAGUGGCAAGACCUUGUAUCAGAUCCAAGCAGAAAGGAUCCGCAAAGUGGAGCAGCUUGCUGGCCGGAGACACCAGUGCAAGUGUGCCGUCCCCUGGUACAUCAUGACAAGCGAGUUCACGCUGGGGCCAACAGAGGAGUUCUUUGCAGAACAUGAUUACUUCAACCUGGAUAGAUCCAACGUGGUCAUGUUUGAGCAGAGGAUGCUGCCUGCUGUCACCUUCGAUGGGAAGGCCAUCUUGGAGGAGAAGUGGAAAAUCGCUAUGGCUCCAGAUGGCAAUGGUGGCUUAUACCGUGCUUUGGUGGAUAAUAAGAUUCUGGAUGACAUGAAGCAGCGUGGAAUCCAGUAUGUCCAUGUCUACUGUGUGGACAACAUCCUUGUGAAAAUGGCAGAUCCAGUCUUCAUAGGCUUCUGUGUUUCCAAAGGGGCGGAUUGUGGUGCAAAGGUGGUGGAGAAGGCGUACCCCACUGAGCCUGUUGGGGUGGUGUGCUGUGUGGACGGGGUCUACCAGGUGGUGGAGUACAGUGAGAUCAGCCUGGAGACUGCGCAGCAGCAGCGUCCCGAUGGGGGACUGGUGUACAGCGCCGGCAACAUCUGCAACCACUUCUUCACAGUUGAGUUCCUGGAAAUGGUGGCCCAGCAAUAUGAACCGCAGCUGAGGUAUCAUGUAGCUAUGAAGAAGGUGCCGUACAUUGACGAGGAGGGAAAUCUGGUAAAGCCGCUAAAACCGAAUGGGAUAAAGCUGGAGAAGUUUGUGUUUGAUGUGUUCCAGUUCUCUAAGAAUUUUGUGGCAUUUGAAGUUUUGCGAGAAGAGGAGUUCUCACCACUAAAAAAUGCAGACACAGCUGACAAAGACACCCCAACCACUGCUCGGCGAGCACUCCUGGCCCAGCAUUACCGCUGGGCUCUCAAGGCUGGGGCCAGGUUUCUGGAUGAAAACAGUUGCAGGAUUCCAGAGACACUCAGUCUUACAGGAACUGAAGAUCCUCCGGCUGUGUGUGAGAUUUCUCCAUUAGUUUCUUACUUUGGAGAGGGUCUGGAAGCGUACAUGAAGAACAAAGACUUCCCUUCUCCCUUUGUACUGGAUGAAAACAAUGUGGAAAUGCUAGGAAACUCUUGAAGAGGAGGGAGGUCUUUCCCCCUCAAAUCUGGUCUCUGUUGGUCAGAUCCAUUGCCAGGACUGACAUUGCUGGAGGCUCAGUAUGAAGUACAGUAUAAAAAAAAUUGCUUUGCAGUAUCGGAUUGAUGCCAAAUACUCGUAGCAGUCAUGUUUACACACCCACAUGCUCUCCAGCUCUGUUUGAUAACUCUGAAAGCUGUGCCUUUUACCUCAGUCUGUUCCAUAGCCUUGGAUGUGAAUCAAGAUAAAUGCCUCCCGGGUACCAAACAGAUUUUAUAGUUCUUAUUUACUCUGCAUGUGAAUAUGUAAAAGAGCUGGUCAGGGGCUCAUAAAUCAGCUUUGCCUUUAAGACUAUAAAUCCUCCUCAGGGCCUUGUAAUGUAUCCUGUUUGUGCUAGUGGGGUUGGGGUUUGGGUUUUAAACAGCGUGCCCAACUGAAGAAUCCGCUCGAGGCUCCAUCCUGAAAAAUAUGGAACAACUUUUUGUCCUGAGGCCUUUCCUUCUAGAGAACCAUCUUUUCCCUAACUCUGUGCUGGUUCAAAGAUCCAGUUCAGCAGCUGAUUCCUGUGACCAUGUCACACAGAGGAGGCUGCGGUUGGUGGGAUGCUGCUGCGCAUGAGUGUUGCUUGAGGUCUGGACCUCAAAGCAGGACAGGCUUGGAUGCAGAGCUAGGCUCACCAGUGCCAUUCUGAGACAACAUAAGGAAAUGAGCAGUAUAGACUGAUCAUUCCUUACAGCAGCAGUGACUUGGGCUUUUUUAAUAAAAAAGAAGAAAAAAAUGAUGAGAAUUUUUCUCACCGCACCCUCUGCUCUUCCUGUCUCUAACAAAGAGUUGUUGUACCUUUCAUUUCUCUAUUUACCACAUCCAUCCAAGGGGAAUCUCCUCAAGUACCUGGAAGUAAUAAGAGGAACAAAUUCUGAUGGUAGAAUUUAAUGCUUAAUGAAAACCAAAAGUGCCUUAAUCCCAGCAUAACUAGUGUGCACAGUACACCACCAGUUCCUGCUGCUGCAGCUUCCUGCCAGGUCGCUUUCCAGCACUCUUUCACUUCUGAAAUAAUUCUUUAGAUGCCUUCCUUUUAAACAUGUUACUAACUGUAAUGCAAGAUAAGCCUCACCUAAUGAAGGACACUAAUUUUCAGAACAUAUGUAGCACACCAAGUCAGCCCUGGCCGAGGGACAACAGGGCGGCUGUGAUCCACAAAUGAAUUGUCCUGGUUCAGCCACUGCAGAACCUGUGCUGAGCACACCAGAGUUGCUUCACCCUUUGUGAGGAAGCUCCAGGUGCACUGCCGGGUGCCCUUUGCUAGAGGAGCACUCUGUCCUUUUCCCCUAAAUUGGGAGUUAAGGAAGGGGGUGAGGACUGUGAGCGUGGGGAGGCCCUGGCCCGGGUUACCCAGAGAAGUGUCUGAUCUGUCCCUGGAGAUGUUCAAAGCCAGGUUGGAUGGGGCUUGGAGCCCCUGAUCCAGCAUGAGGUGUCCCUAUCCAUGGCAGAGGGGUUGGAAUUAGAUGAUCUUUAAGGUCCCUUUUACCUCAAACCAUUCCAUGAUUCUAUGAUCUCAAAUGUUAUUUUCUGCAUCUGCUUCUACUGAGGAAUCGCUGAUGCUAUUUUUUUAAGCAUAAAUCUUUAAAAAUACAGUUUGUAGGUAGACUCAGGUUUUCCAAAGAAGGCACCUAAACAUCCAUAGCAGCAUGCUCAGGUAUAAAGUGAAUCUGCAGGCACGUCAAUAACAAGCCUUGUGCACGUGCAGACCAGCUAAUGACAGCUCCCCUCACCUCAGUUUCCAUGUGCAGCCAGUAGUUCCCAUUUCCAGUACAAAUUAAGCAUUUGUCUGCAACACUCAAUGCUGUGGUUUGUUUAUAUGGGUCAUUCCAUUCCUGUCAGUCAAGUUUUACAUCUGAGAAUCGUGUUGUACCUUUGUGAGCACUACUCGCUGGUUCAGGCCCAUGGUCAUUUGAAAUUGAGCUGUGCUAUAAAGAAAGGAUCUUUCUUUUGCUCUUUCUGAAGUGCUUUCUCUUUUGAAACUUCAGCUCUGAUGUGCUUUCAGCUUGUGUACGCUGAGCUGCUGACAGGGGUUUUAGAAGUUUUCGAGAAGCUGAGUUAGGAUGCUGAAUGCUUUGUCUCUUGUUUUAUUUUUCUCCUCACAAUUUAAACUGGAACAUUAAAAGAGUUUUGAGAGAAGUUUAAAAAACCCUUGUCCUGUGUGUAGCCAAGUAACUGUAGUGUGCAUUUUGAAAUGAGAAGUGCUGGAAACAAAGGGAAGUCCCAUAAUAAUCCAGAACCUUUUGGACUCCUAAGCAUUUUUAUAAUAAAGAUAUUA